GGGCAGGCUCGGGCAGCUCCCCCGGCGGCUCUCGCGGUGAUAAAACUGGAGAAAUAACAAGGAGGGGCGGCUCGACGCCUCCAGAGUCCAAUCCCGUCUCAGGAGCGAACACGCUCUCGGGCAAGACAAGCCUGAAAGAGGCCCGGGCGAUUUAACGAGCAGCCGAGAGCAGCGCACCCGCGGCGCCCCAGCAUCUCGGCGGCCUCUGGUCUCCUGCAUCCCGCCGGGUGUCCGCACCCUCCCGUCCCCGGCCCCGCGCCCCGAUGGCUGCGCCCGGGCCCCGGAGCUCCCUGCGCGGAGCCCUCUGCAGGCAGCUGCUCCUGAUCCUUGCGGUUUUCAGUUUUGCUUGUGAAGCCUGCAAAAAGGAGAUAUUUAAUAUACCUUCCAAACUAGAGGCAGACAAAUUGAUUGGCAGAGUUAAUCUGAAAGAAUGCCUCAGGUCUGUAGACCACAUCCAGUCCGGUGAUCCUGAUUUCAGAGUUCUAGAAGAUGGGUCAGUAUACACAGCCCACGCUGUUGUAUUGUCUGAUGAGAAAAGAUCUUUCACCAUACGGCUCUCUGACACAAAGAAACAGACACAGAAAGAGAUUCUUGUGCUCCUGGAAUAUCAGAAGAAGGUAUUGAGGAAAAGACACACUAAAGAAAUUGUUCUCAGGCGUUCCAAAAGGAGAUGGGCGCCUAUUCCCUGCUCAAUGCAGGAGAAUUCCCUGGGACCUUUCCCCUUGUUCCUUCAACAGGUUCAAUCUGAUGCUGCACAGAACUAUACCAUCUUCUACUCCAUAAGUGGGCGUGGAGUUGACAAAGAGCCUUUAAAUUUGUUUUUCAUAGAAAGAGACACUGGAAAUCUGUAUUGUACCCGGCCUGUGGAUCGUGAAGAAUAUGAUGUUUUUGAUCUGAUUGCCUAUGCAUCAACUGCAGACGGAUAUUCAGCAGACUUCCCUCUUCCACUGCCCAUCAGAGUGGAGGAUGAAAAUGACAACCAUCCUAUUUUCACAGAAGCAAUUUAUAAUUUUGAAGUUCCAGAAAGCAGUAGAAUUGGUACUACAGUGGGAGUGGUUUGUGCCACGGACAGAGAUGAACCGGACACGAUGCACACUCGCCUGAAGUACAGCAUUUUGGAGCAGACGCCAAGAUCACCUGGGCUGUUUUCUGUGCAUCCCAGCACAGGUGUGAUCACCACAGUCUCUCAUUAUUUGGACAGAGAGGUUGUAGACAAAUACUCAUUGAUAAUGAAAGUACAAGAUAUGGAUGGCCAAUUUUUUGGAUUGAUGAGUACCGCAACUUGCAUCAUAACAGUAAAAGAUUCAAAUGACAAUUUGCCCACUUUCAAACAAAAUGCUUAUGAAGCAUCAGUCGAGGAAAACACAGUCAAUGUGGAAAUCCUAAGAAUACCUAUAGAAGAUAAGGAUUUGAUUAACAGUGCCAAUUGGAGAGCCAAUUUUACUAUUUUAAAGGGCAAUGAAAAUGGACAUUUCAAAAUCAGUACAGACAAAGCAACUAAUGAAGGUGUUUUGUCUGUCAUAAAGCCACUGAAUUAUGAAGAAAACCAUCAAAUGGUCCUGGAAAUUGGAGUGACCAAUGAAGCUCCAUUUACUAGAGAUGUUGCACUCAGGAUGACAACCAUGAACAGAGCCAUGGUCACAGUUCAUGUGAAGGAUCAGGAUGAAGGGCCUGAAUGCAGCCCUGAAGUCCAGUAUAUACGGAUUAAAGAAAACUCUGCAGUGGGUUCAAAGAUCAAUGGCUAUAAGGCAUAUGACCCUGAAACUAAAAGUGCCAGUGGUUUAAGGUACAAAAUAUUGCAUGAUCCUAAAGAGUGGAUCACCAUUAAUGAACGUUCAGGCUCAGUAGAGACUUCCAAAAUCUUGGACAGGGAGGUUAUAACUCCCAGAAAUGAGUUGUAUAAUAUUACAGUCAUGGCACUAGAUCAAGAUGGUAGAUCAUGUACUGGAACCCUCGCAGUGAGCAUUGAAGAUGUGAAUGAUAAUCCACCAGAAAUACUUCAAGAUUAUCUAGUCAUUUGCAAAACAAACAUGGAGUAUGUUGACAUUUCAGCUAUUGAUCAUGACGAUUCCAGCAACGGUGCUCCAUUUUACUUCAGCUUGGCAAACACUUCUCCAGAAGUCAACAGACUAUGGACGAUCACAAGAGUUAAUGAUACAGCUGCCCGUCUUGCAUAUCAGAAAAAUGCCCAAUUUCAAGAAUAUUUCAUUCCUGUUGCCGUAAAAGACAGAGCAGGGCUAUCUGCAACAAAAACCUUGAGAGUGAACCUCUGUGAUUGUACUAACCCCGUUCAAUGCCGGGCUGCUGCGCGGAGUGCGGACGUGAUACUUGGCAAAUGGGCGAUCCUUGCCAUACUUCUGGGCAUAGCACUACUUUUCUCUAUAUUGCUAACUUUAGUAUGUGGAGUUAUUAGUGCCAGAAAUAAAAAAGGUUUUCCUGAAGAUUUGGCCCAGCAAAAUCUAAUUAUAUCAAACACAGAAGCACCUGGAGAUGAUAAGGUGUGUUCUGCCAAUGGGUUUAUGACCCAGACAGUCAACAACGCUAACCAGGGUUUUUGUGGUACUAUGGGAUCUGGAGUCAAAAAUGGAGGGCAGGAAACCAUUGAAAUGGUAAAAGGAGGACACCAGACCUUGGAGUCAUGCCGCGGGGCCGGGCAUCAUCACACCCUGGGCUCCUGCAGAGGAGGCACUGUUGAGAUGGAGAACUCCAGAUACACUUACUCCGAGUGGCAAAAUUUCACUCAACCCCGUCUUGGUGAAAAAUUGCAUCUGUGUAAUCAGGAUGAAGAGCAUAUGCCAUCACAAGAUUACGUCCUUACGUACAACUAUGAAGGAAGAGGGUCUCCAGCCGGUUCUGUGGGCUGCUGCAGUGAAAAGCAGGAAGAAGAUGGUCUUGACUUUUUAAAUAAUUUGGAAGCCAAAUUUACUGCCUUAGCAGAAACAUGCACAAAGAGAUAAUGUUACAGUGCUACAAUUAGACAUGUCUUUGUCAGACUCAUCUUUCUAAAAGAGAUAUUGUACAAUUCAAUUUAUUUCUAUAUAUCUAGCAAUAUAUAGAUAUUAUGAAUAUGUAUGAAUUUUUCUAAAUUUUUAAAAUUAUGCUAUCUAUCAAUUUGUACUUUCAAGCAAUUUGCUACUUAUUUUUUUAGGAAGUUAAAAAUGUUAGAACAGAUUUUCUCUUUUAUUACUGAGUAAAUAGUCAACCAGGAAAUCUCAUGCUAUAGCGUUGGAUUUAAGGUCUAUAAAGGACCUUAUGACCAUCUCUCAUUUACAAAUAUGUUUUCAGUAAAUGCAUUGGCUAAAUAUUAGUCCAACAAUAGAAACUUGUACUUGAUUGAAUAUAGUAGAACAGCUUUCUGGACUAGAAAUUCCAUUCUUACCCCACAGUUAGUUAAAAGUGGAAUAUUAAGCAGUAUAGUAACUUAUGUUGGAUUUUUUUUAGCUCUAAAAAAUCUGUAGCACCUGAUCAUUUGCCCUGCAGGCAACUAGAAUUUUGUUUUCCUUUUAGGUAGCAUUUAGGUCAUGAAGAGCAGUUCUAGCUACCCAGUUGCCCUAAUGAGGUCUCAAAAAUACAGAGUCACAAUGUGAAAACUACACUAGGAAAUUGUAAAAAAAAAAAAAGAAAAGAAAGAAAGAAAAAUGUUGUUUUUAUACUUUAAUGUUUAGUGGUUAAGUGGUGUCCAACUCUUUGCAACCCCAUGGACUAUAGGCCGCCAAGAUCCUCUGUCCAUGGGAUUCUGCAGGCAAGAAUACUGGAGUGGGUUGCCAUGCCUUUCUCCAGGGGAUCUUCCCAAUCCAGGGACUGAACAGGUUUCCUGCUUGACAGGUGGAUUCUUUACUGCUGAACCUCCAGGGAAGCCCUAUGUGUUUUAUGGUUGACGAAAGGAUUGUUAUGAGGAAUAUAUCUGUUUCCUUUUGAGCAAAACUAUACUCACCACACAGAGAGUUAUUGCCAGUAUUUUAAUGAAAAAAAAAAUUAAAGAUCUUCUAUUGAGAUUGUAAUCAUAAGACCUUUCCCUGAGAUUCAGGACUACUCUUGGUAACUUGUCAGUAAUGAAAAUUAUACUGAGGAAAAUUUGCUUUUCUCCUCUCGACAAUUGUACUUUCAUAUUUUCAUUUGCAUGUUUAGCACGUGUGGCUCUUUAUUUUUCUACUGACUGUAGUCAUUUGCAAUUAGAAUAUCUUAUUUUUAGAUGGACUGUGAUUAUGCCAUAGAGUCAAUCUGAAGAAACAGACUCCCUUCAUAGUUAUGGUAGCAAUGAGUAUUAACAUGCAUUUCUAUUCACUACCAUUUUCAAAUAAAAUACAUUGUUCCUUAUUAAAGCAGGUAUUUCCUUUAAUACCUUUCUACACCAUGCUAGAAAGAAUCAAACAAAUAUAGGGAAGGAAACUUAAACCUUAGGUGCAGUUUAACAUCUUCCAAGAUGUUGGUUAAAUUUAGUGUUUCUCAAGUUGGUUCAUGUGCUAGAACCUCUGGAAAGCCUUUUAAAAUUUCCCAAGGCAAGGAUGUUUAAAUAAUUAGCAUCUACUCUUAUGAUAAACUUAAUAUCACAUUAUUGUAUACUUACUUCAAAUGAUUAAAAAAAUAGGCAACAAAUAAUAGGUAUCACUAGUUGAAAAAACUUUGAAAGAAAAUACUUGAGGUUAAAUUAAUUUAAAAAUUUUGCAACUAUGCAGAACUAGGACCUACUCCCCACCCUUGACUCUUGCCAAAAAAAAGAAAACAUUCUUUAUUUGACUUUGGAGGCAGAAUUUGUUGAGUUUUCCCAAGAGGUAGCAAUGUUCUAUAGUGGCACUGUUCUGCACGUAUAUAUCAUUUAUUGAUUAAUAGUUGUAUAACCAUUAAUCAAUGCAACAAUUAAAACAAAGUGAAAAAGCAAAGGAGGAGAUAUUACUUUUAAGUGUGGCUGGGGUGUGGUGUGUCCUCUGAUAGGAAUACAGGGUUUAAAAAAUAGAACUUAUAUUUGGUUCUUAGGUGCUGCAUGAUAACUAAGCAUAUCGAGAUAGUUCAUGUACAUUUAUGUAAUGUUUAAAAUAGUAUACAGCUAAUUAAACUUUUUUGGUUUCAGUGGAAAGAGGGGAUUAGGUAGAACUAUAGAUUUGCUUUUUGGUCUCUUUCCUUAUCCACAAACUGGGAGCAAACAUGUGACUGGCUAUCUAGCUAAGGCUCUCUGACUUGCGGUGGUAGGUUUCCAGAGAUAAAAUGUUUUUUUGUGGUGCUAAUAUUAAAAACUUCUUUUAACCUAAUUCUGGUAAAAAUAAAUCUUCUACCACCAUUUUCUUUCUCUCUCCCACCGAUCAAUGCUUUGAAAAAUUUAGAGCCAAAUAACCAUGUUCUCUCAGUCAGAUUUUAACAGAUAAAGGGAGCUAGGGGUUAGGAGUAGGGCAUGAAAAUUUUACAUAAGUGAGUCGUGACUGUCCUAAGAUACCAAAUCUGUCACUUUUGCAGUGGGUUCUAAUCUGGAAACUAUAAAAUGUCAUUUUCCUAAUCACUACCUUGUUUUAUUUAUUUUUAAAAUUUUUUAAAGAUUUUUUUUUUUUUUUUUUUUUUUGUGGAUCACUUUUAAAGUCUUUAUUGAAUUUGUUACAAUAUCACUUCAGUUUUAUGUUUUGAUUUGUUUGGCCACAAGGCAUAUGAGAUCCUAAUUCCCCUACCAGGCUUUGAACCUGCACCCCCCUGCGUUGGAAGGUAAAGUCUUAACCACUGGAUCGCCAGGGAAGUCCCUCACUGCCAUGUUUUAAAGAGACAUAGAUGUGAUUCAAGGAAAUCAGCCAGCAGGCCCACUUUCUUUCAUCUCUCUCCCAACCUUGUCAGUAACACUUACCUAGCAAAUACCUCAGGCUGUCAAUCACCCUUUAGUAUGAAUUACAUUUUUUUAUGAGUUUGCUUUCUUAUUAAAAAUUUUAAAAUAAUAGAAUUAAGAAUUUUGAAUUCAUAAAAGAAAAAGAUCACGUGGUCAUUUAGGAAUGCAGGGAACUCCAGGAGAGAGCAUGCCUGAGUGGGUAUUUGCACAUAGAGGAACAUGAAAAAACCCAGGCCUUCAAGGGCAAGGAGAGAGGCCAUGAAAAGGACGUGAGUGGGAGUAAAAGCAACAUUGUUUGCUUCUUAAAUUGUCCUAGGCCAGGCCCCUUUCCCCCCUUUUUUCCUCAGGCCAGUGGCAGCUGCCAUUUGGUUUUGGUGAAGUGUCACUGAAGUUGUCAUCAACCCUUUCUCUGAGUUAUAUAGAGUGUGGAAACAAGAAGAGAGCUGACUGCCUGCUGAGUCUGAAGGCAUUUUCAGGACGGGCCGAACUGGUUGUGCAGGGCAAACACAGUGUUCAUGGGGGUCUCGGGAUUUCUUACAGCUCCCUGGGCAGGUCUCUCUAAGGUAGCAGGUCUUCCAUUAAACGGGUGUCUGUGAAUUUGAUGCUCCAUUUUCUAUUUUCUAAUUUGCUCCUGAAAUCUCGCUUCUUAGACUUAGACUUGCUAAAGAGAAAUUUUCCUUUUAAAGCCUUAUUUUUAAUGUAAACAUUUUUAACGAAGAGUAUUCUUCUUUCCUUUUAUAUGUAAGGUGAAAAUUAGGCUACUUUAGUGUGAAAGGAAAAAUCUUUUUGAAGCUUUCACUUUUCUUCCAGUGAAAGUUCUUGAGUUUUUGUGGCAAUGUACAGAUCAUUUUUUCUUAUUUUUGUAAGGAAGCAGCUAACUAUCUGUCUGAAAAUGCAGUGAGGUUUUGCAACCUUUUUUAACAGAGCUUUAAUUUUGUUCUUAAAAGAAGUUACUUUGCUUUUAGAGAAGCACAGCAGGUUAAAAUAAGCAAACAUUUAAUGUAUAAAGCAAUAUUUACAGAAAUGAGGUGUGUAAUAAAGUAAUGUUAACUUGAUUUCUUGUCUUUGCUGUUUUUAGAGAUUAAAUUAUUCCAAGGUGGUCAUAUUGCAAAAUUGUACUUUAGACCAGCAUGGAAACAGAUCCUCAGUAAUAGCUUCAUUUUAGUUACAGGGAAAUACUUUAGAGAAGGGAUCAUUACCAAAUUGUCAGCAUUGUUAUACUAUUUGGGAGGAGAUUGCUAUUUAGGGAACAGCUUUCCAAAUAUCUAGCUGUCUGCUCACUGUCUAUGUAUCUAUCUAUCAGCUGAUUUUGACUGAGUGAAGUAUUAUAAGGUUGUGAUUGCAGAAUGUUCCAGAGUUAAUACAGUGAUACAGUAUUCUUACUUGGAGGAGCAGUGUAGUCAAGGAAAAAUGAGUUAAAAAAACGUGAUAUUUCUUUCUUGGUCGGUCACUUAUAGGGUGCAUACCCUCCCAGCUUUAACCACAACUGGAUUAUGUGGUUAUGUGCACUUCAUGGCAAAUCUUUCCCCUGGUGAGUGUAUGUGUGUGUGUGUGUGUGUGUGUGCAUGUGCACACACUUAUGCUUCCCCACAAAUAUAAGACUGCCCAUUUAAAAAAUGUGUGGAUUAUAGCAAAAUCUUUCAAUUUUAAUCUAAUUUGAAUGAUUUCAAUUUUAAGAACUUUUAUUGUGAUCAUUAUUUUUGUGCGUAAAUAUUUAACUUUAACAAGGUUCCUUGAAUUUUGUUUGUGAUAGCAAAAUAUUGGAUAAAUUCCAAGUGUUUGGCAGACUUGGUUUGGUUAGAUUUUGGGUCACAGUGGCUGAGAAGCAUGGAAUCUAGAGUCAGAAGGUAGAUUGUUUGAAUCUGAAUCCUGGCUCUGCCACUUGCUAGCUGUGUGACUUUAGGAAAGCUACUUAUCUCCUCUCGAAGCCUUACUUUUCUUAUCUCUAAAAUAA